AUGCCAUGUCUAAGAGCCUACACAAUCGAGCUGCAAUUCCUUGGAAAGUUGUUCAGUUUGUGUGUUCGCAGCUUCUUCGAUCCAUUUUUCGAAUCCGUGGGGAAAAUUUUCGGUGGAGUAAAAAUUGAACGAAAAACCUUUCAAGUAUGAUGCUACUGUUCGAAAAAAAAAAUUGCGAGUAUCCUACAUGUACUUGUAGAGACCUUUUAUUACCAAGGCCCUAUUUUUUCUCGGGAUAGUCGACGGACCUGGGUGUGCUCGCUUGAGCCAGGGAGGAAAUGUUUCUAACUAAACGGGAGUGUUACGCUGCUCUUCCUUACACCCUUCUUCUCCUUGACUAUUUUCAAGCGAGAAAGAACGGCCUGUGGUCGAAGCACGUGGCUUUUGCAUUUUGGUAUCUCGGUAAUAGCUAGGUUCAUAACUGGGAAACUCUGGGAUUCCGCGGAAUAAGAUUACAUACAAAGUCAUGGGGUUUCAGCAGCUUCUACGCCCCACAUCCCCUUUGGCGGGUAGACCGCUGUGUCGAGCUGUGGAAGCGUUGCAAACUACAGUCACAUUUCUGGUCAAAUUUAUUAGUUUUGACAACCUUAUAUGAAUAAAUAUAACAUUAUGUGACUGAAUUAUUUAUUCCGAGUGAUGUAAAGCGCAAUCUCCUUUUCCUAUAUCGAGUGCGUUUGGAAGUUGCAUUUACGUUUUAACAUAUGUAACCCAUCGAAUUCACCAUUCCAUGCCACUGACAAGUUAUAAGAAUUAAUUUAAUACUCCACGUUGUUUUUAAUGUGACUAUUCAUGGAAAUCAGUAGAUUUUUAAAAUGCCAUAAACAAAACGAAAAAGAAUGUAGUUUCCGCUACUGAAACAAUCACUAUAAACGCUUUUUUGGGAAAGUACAUUUUAUUACGUCUGUGUGAACUGAAUUUGCUAAAACGUGUCCCCCGGGGUUUCUCUUGAACACGGGUAUCGUCCAUUUUAAAGCCAGGGAGCCCAAACAAAAAUGUAUCGGUCUUUCCGUCCGCACUGAAACCGGUGCUUGUAGAUAGGUCCAGGUCGGUAGGUAAGUAGUUCUAGCCGGGAUUUGGUAGGGGGAACUUCAGAUACUCUGGUAAGUGUUUUUAGUGAGAAAGCAGUGCAAAGUCAAGGAAUUUUCCCCGUGGGCUAGCCCAGCCAAAUCAAUGCUCUGACUGAUAAUCAUAAUGCUAAUUGCAGAGCUCGGGGACAGCGAUUGACUAGUCAUAAGUGUCAUGGGUGGGGAGUGUGAGUUCUUGAUUCUUGGACUUGAGCUGACUUGGCUCUCUAGAGGAUGAGUGCAGGCACCUUCUAUCAAGAUCCAGUCAGACACAAAGAGAUAAUUCUUUUCGACCGAGACGGGUUGGAGAGGCACAGGGUUGGGGCGAGGGCUCUCCCUGCCCGCUCACGGUCCUGCCCGCGCCUUUUUUUCCCGUCUCUUUUCUUAAGCACCCGAUACCUCACGGUUAGAUUAACCGCGACGACGGAAACCUGAGUGCUAGAUACGGCAGAACAGGUUACAUUUUCAUUUUGAAUGCUAUUGUCAAAAUUUUAAAGAUUCAACGAAAAGCUAGUUUAUCUUCUUCCUAUUUUCCUUUAUUUUUUUUUUCGUGAUGCAAUAAGCCAGUGCAAACUUACUACGUCCUCCUCACAAACCCUCUCCUUGUUUUUGUUUAAAUACCUUUUGAAACACAAAGAACAAACUACCAGUCAAAUUCAAUUAUUUGCUUUUCAUACAGGUGGUUGUAAAGACAGAUUCGAUGUUGUGUUUUUAUAGGUUUCCUCUGAGUUUAUAUUCCAUUUUAGUGUGAUACGUUUUGAUACAUUUUGCGACAAAGCCAAGAACCAUGUCCAGAGAUGAACUGCGCGAGGUUGAAGUACAAGUCAGAGGCAAUGAAAACGAAGCACAACACGGACAUCAAAUAAGUAUGAAAGAUAGAGAUCCCACAGCAAUGAAUGAUCACGUGAAGGUAAAUAAACCGACGACACAGGCACUGAAUUUAACACGCUAACCCUUACACUUUCAAAAUGGAUAAAAACGUAUUUGUAUUAUUUACCAAUUUUCAUCCAAGGAUUUACAAUGGAGAAAGAAAUUUUUCUUGGCAUAUGAGUUGCAACCCUUUUCACCCAGUGAAUUAAGUUCUACGACCAUUGGACAAAGCAAUCGUAUUCACGUAAACAUAUGGUGACUAAAACUCCAAAAACACUUCGCAUAAUACAUUCAUUACCACUGAUACUUUCGCGUUUGAAAAUAAUGUUUUCCAUCUGGUACUUUUUUAGUCGACUUAACAGCCACCUCCCAGAUUUUAAAAUCGUAUAUCAAGACGAUGGUGAUCGAUGUUGACUAAGAGCUUGGUCGGCUGAAGAGAUCACUUUGAUUGCAUGACCAGUUCUACAAUGUUUUAAACCAGAUCUUUAACCGUGAGAAAAACAUCAUUGGGUAAAAUAAACAAAAAAACUUCACAGGUGACCCUUGUGAUAGACCAGCACGUCUUCUAGGCCUUCUGGUGUAUAUGAAAAUUUACAGAACUUUUCAGUUCCAGUUACAAGGAAAUUUUCAGACUUUAAUGUUGAAAUAUUUCAUUCCUUUUCAUCUAGGUGUUUUUUCAAGAUGUGUUUGCCGAACCAGAAGGAUCCCAUAGUAUUGAUGGAGUUUGGCGUACUAGCUUCAAGGCCUUUGUUAACACAAAGUUCUGGUGUUACAGAAUAAUUACAGCUAUUCUUGGCAUCCCUACCGCAGUGCUUUGUGGGAUAUAUUUUGCCUGUCUCAGUUUUGAUUAUGUUUGGUGUAUAAUGCCCUGCCUGAAGGCGUACGUUAUUGAGUUGCAAUGCUUAGGCAAAGUAUUUGGGCUCUGCCUGAGAACAUUUUGCGACCCUUUUUUUGAAUCUGUAGCAAAGAUAUUUGGUGGGAUCAAGGUUUCGACGCAAACUGUAUGA